AUGGCCAAGUCAAAGUGGCUGGCUCCGGUUCUAGCGCUGGCAGCCGUCUUGGUUGGCUCUGGCUCGCUGCAGUUUGUAAGCCCACUGACCGGGCCACGUGUUCUGGGCACCGCACCAGAGCUUGGGAGGGGAUCAGCACUUCUGAGCGACGUGCGGCCCACGAAUCCCUUCGGUGCCACCGUCGGCCCUGCGGUGCUUUGUGUGGCAGCGCUGGCGCUGGUGGCCGGGAAGGCUCAACGAUCCGUGUGCAGAGCGAUUCCAAACCCUCAUGUGAUUCCAGUCGUUGACCUCUCAGGGAAAAAGAUUGGUGAAGAGGAGCUUCAGUUCCAAACCUUUAGCAAACAGACUGCGAACUAUGUGGUGCACCAGGCCUACACCAUUUGGAAGUACCAGCAGCUCCCCUUCACAGCCUUCUUCAAACGCCGUAGCGAUAUGAAGAAAGGCAAGAAGUUGUGGAAGAACAAGGGCGUCGGAAAAGCCCGUAUGGGUUCCAUUUACAGCCCGCUCUUUGGGAAGUCGGCGACCAACAAGAACAAACAUGGACUGGACGAUAGACGAAAGAAGAAGCUGCAGAGGAAAUUUCACAUGAAAGCGAUCUCCACAGUGCUGCAGAGCAAGUGGCGCUGUAUGAAGAUCGUGGAUGGCCUUGAGGAGCGUCACGUGGACGUCGUGGAGCGGAAGAACGAGAACGGUUUUGGGGGCAGUGGUGACUGA